AGUAACAGAAAGUGGCCGCCUCUCUGCUGUUGCUGCCGACUCAAAGCUCACAGACUCGCUCGGCGCCUCAAACCGCCAUUUUGGAGUCAGAGAACCGAGAGUCGGCAGCAGCGGAGAGAGAGACGCAAAAGGGGACACGGGGCCGAGGUGAGAGACUCCUUGGUGGUUGUUAUGGCGAAGGAGCAACGGGGGAAGAUGGCCGGGAGGGAGAAAGAAUUAAAACAUGGGGAUCAUUCGUUCGCAAGGCUACCGAGUCCCCGCUUGUGGCCGAACCAUGGGCAAGGAGGUGGUGGCCUUAAAGAGACAGACCCUAUUUGAAUACUUCAUAUUAAUGGGCACUUUUACCAUUGUCUGAUCUUUAAUCUUGGAAUCAAGAACAAUGGCAUCCCUUACUGAGAAGUAAACGCACUGCCCUGUUGGGCAGAGGUGUCUGCUGCAUGGCGUCUGGGCAGGGUGGCCGACCUGAGGCUGGGGCACCAGGGAGCUCUGGGCUGGCCAAACCUCUCUACCUGCAGCGCUUGGAAAGAUCCCUGAGGUUGGACAGUUUCCUGCGCCAGACUGCCGCCAUCUUCAAUGGAGAUAUAACCACCAGUGAUGACAGUGAUGACAGCGAUGGAGGAUUGGGGACUGGGUUAUCCCUGGACCCCCCCACUCAGCAUACAGCUCUGACUGUGAAGAGUGAGCCAUGUGAGGAAGAGGAUGGGCUCUCAGAGGAGAAGCCCCUCAACGGAGUCCUGCUGCAGGGUAAAGACCAAAAGGCAGAUAAUGCUAGCCUCUACAACUUCUCCAAGCUGAAGAAGAACAGGAAAUGGCUGAAGAGUAUCCUGCUGAGUGACGACACCACAGACUCCGACACGGAUUCGGAUGACUCCGACUUCAGUUUGUCUCGGGACGAGCUGCAGGACAUGCUGAGACUCCAUCGCUUCACUAGGCAGCAUCAGAGCAAGUUCCAAUCUGACCGGGAGCUUCACCAAUACCAGUACUACAGCACUGGACUCCUCUCUACUCAUGAUCCUUUCUAUGAGCAGCAACGCCACCUGCUGGGCCCGAGGAAGAAGAAAAUCAAAGAUGAGAAGAAAUUCAAGGCUAAGUUGAAAAAGGUGAAGAAGAAGAAGAAACGGGGAGAGGGGGAGUUCCUUGAUGACGGGCGUCCUUAUAUCACCAAGAUCUUCGCAAAGUUUUCCCAUGAUGCUCCACUGCCCAUAGUGAAGAAGAAGCAUCUCACCAUUGAGCAGCUGAACGCAAGGCGGCGUAAAGUCUGGCUCAGCAUCGCUAAAAAGGAGAUUCCCAAGAAUUUCAAGCAGAAGACCUCUGCUAAGAACUUAGUACUGACCAAUGCUAAAAAGUUGGCUCAUCAGUGCAUGAGAGAGGUCCGGCGUGCUGCUAUCCAGGCCCAGAAGAACUGCAAGGAGACGCUACCACGGGCCCGCCGCCUCACCAAGGAGAUGAUGCUCUACUGGAAGAAAUACGACAAAGUGGAGAAGGAGCACAGGAAGAGGGCGGAGAAGGAGGCUCUGGAGCAGCGGAAACUGGACGAAGAGAUGAAAGAAGCCAAGCGCCAGCAGCGUAAACUGAACUUCCUCAUCACCCAGACGGAGCUGUAUGCUCACUUCAUGGGCGGUAAAGCCAGCAUGGGGGGUCCGGACGGAGACACGGCUCAGGAGGAGAUUCUGAGGAAGCUGGAGGACAACGCGGGACACAGACAGAUCGACAUCGGAGGAGGAGUGAUGGUCAACAUGGGACAGGAGGAUUACGAUAGCAAUUACUACAAGUCCCAGGCGAUGAGGAAUGCUAAAGAAGCCUACCAGAUUCAUCAGGAGAGAACGCGGAUGUUUGACGAGGAGGCUAAGGACAGUCGCUGUGCCUCGCUCCACGUGGCUGUCGGCCCGUCCACCGGCGCCGGCUCAGGGUUCGGAGAGAGCUACAGCCUCUCCAACCCCUCCAUCCACGCGGGGGAGGAGAUUCCUCAGCCCACCAUCUUCAACGGCAAACUCAAGGGUUACCAGCUCAAGGGCAUGAACUGGCUGGCCAACCUUUAUGAACAGGGAAUCAAUGGAAUCCUGGCAGAUGAGAUGGGACUGGGAAAGACAGUCCAGAGUAUUGCCCUGUUGGCACACUUAGCAGAGAGAGACAACAUCUGGGGUCCAUUCCUGAUCAUCUCUCCUGCGUCAACGCUCAACAACUGGCAUCAGGAGUUCACUCGCUUCGUGCCCAAAUUCAAGGUGUUGCCAUACUGGGGGAAUCCACACGAUCGCAAGGUGAUACGGAAAUUCUGGAGCCAGAAAACCCUUUACACGCAAAAUGCACCUUUCCAUGUGGUGAUCACCAGCUACCAGCUGGUGGUGCAGGACGUGAAGUACUUCCAGAGGGUCAAGUGGCAGUACAUGGUCCUGGAUGAGGCUCAGGCACUGAAAAGCAGCACCAGUGUUCGGUGGAAAAUCCUUCUACAGUUCCAGUGUCGAAACAGACUGCUGCUCACCGGGACGCCCAUCCAGAACACUAUGGCUGAGCUGUGGGCCCUGCUGCACUUCAUCAUGCCCACACUGUUCGAUUCCCACGACGAGUUUAACGAGUGGUUCUCCAAAGACAUCGAGAGCCACGCUGAAAACAAGUCUGCCAUCGAUGAGAACCAACUCUCCAGACUGCACAUGAUCCUCAAGCCUUUUAUGCUACGCAGAAUCAAGAAGGAUGUGGAAAACGAGCUCUCAGACAAGAUUGAGAUCCUGACCUACUGCCAGCUGACGUCCCGGCAGAGGUUGCUCUACCAGGCUCUGAGGAACAAGAUCUCCAUCGAGGAUCUGCUGCAGUCCUCCAUGGGCUCGUCGCAGCAGUCCCACAACACCACCUCCUCCCUCAUGAACCUGGUCAUGCAGUUCAGGAAGGUGUGUAACCACCCUGACUUGUUCGAGCGCCAGGAGACUCGCUCUCCGUACCACAUGUUCCUGAAGCCCUACGUCAUGUCCAAGUUCCUCUACCGCCACGGCCUCAUCCACGCAUGCAACCAGGCCAAAAACAAAUUACUUCAGGUGCUGUUGUCUCCCUUCUCCCCGAAUCACAUCCAGCAGUCUCUUUUUCACAGAAAAAGUGACGACAAAGGAAGCUGUUUCUCCUUCCUGCGCUUCAUCGACGUGUCUCCAGCUGAGAUGUCCAAUCUCAUGCUGCAAGGAACCUUAGUAAGGUGGUUAGCCCUUUUUCUGUCCCUCAAAGCUGCAUAUCGGCUCCACCAUCAGCGCCUGUUCAGCCUUGAAGAAGGAGAAAUUCAAGAGGAAGCUGGAGACUCACAGGGGCAGAGAGAGAGGUUACAACCCAGGAGUAAAUGCCUCUCUCGCAAGGACUUGAUCUUGUGGCUGAACAGACCCACCAAUUUCCCGAACACGCAAACCAGCCCCGUCCUGCAGGACUUGGUGUUCACAGCCUUAAGACCGGGAAUGAUGGGACACACAGACGUGAUGAUCCACUGUCGAAGCUCUGCCACUUCCACCAUGCGGCCCUGCCAACCUACACUGCCACCCAAGUUCCUGCUAGCUGCCACACCCAGGGUGACAGCAGUUCCCAUGGAGCGUUAUUGUGAUGACCGCAGUGCAGAGUACGAGUGGCGGGUGACGCGCGGCGGAGGGGGCGCAGUCUUCAAACAGUGUUUCCUCUACGGCUCCCCUGAACUUGCCUCGGAUUGGCGUUUGAGGGCCAAUUCCUUCUACCCACAAUGCCCUGGGGGUGUGAUGGCCCUCUACCCACGACAUGGAUGGUCCUACAUCCGGAUACCUGAUAAGGAGAGCCUGAUCACGGAAAGUGGCAAGCUCCACACCUUGGAUAUCCUGUUGUGCCGGCUGAAGACCCAGGGACAUAGAGUCCUCAUCUACUCCCAAAUGACCCGCAUGAUAGACCUGCUGGAGGAAUACAUGGUCUAUCGUAAGCACACCUACAUGCGCCUUGACGGAUCCUCCAAGAUCUCUGAGCGCCGAGACAUGGUGGCGGACUUCCAGAGCCGGACGGACAUCUUUGUGUUUCUGCUGAGUACGAGGGCUGGAGGGCUCGGCAUCAACCUGACUGCUGCUGACACUGUUAUCUUCUACGACAGUGACUGGAAUCCCACCGUGGACCAGCAGGCCAUGGACCGGGCUCACAGGCUGGGUCAGACCAAGCAGGUGACCGUCUACCGCCUCAUCUGUCAGGGGUCCAUCGAGGAGAGGAUCCUGCAGCGGGCCAAGGAGAAGAGCGAGAUCCAAAGGGUGGUGAUCUCAGGAGGAAACUUCAAACCGGACACACUGAAACCCAAAGAGGUGGUCAGCCUGCUGUUGGACGACGAUGAGCUGGAGAAGAAACUGCGUCAGAGACAGGAUGAGAAGAGGCAGCUGGAGGAGUGCAGCAAGGUGAAAGAGCGCAAGAGGAAGCGGGAGAAGUACGCUGAGAAGCAGAAGAAGAACGAGGAGACGGAGAACAAGAAGAAGAAGGAGGUGAACCUGGUCAUCUCUCACGCACACUCGGCAGACAACUCCAACCUCUCUGCAGAUGGAGACGACUCCUUCAUCAGCAUGGAUAUGGACUCGGCCAUGCCCAGUCCUUUUAGCGAGCCUGUGUGUGUGUCUCCGUUCGCUCCUCUCCCCGGACAGAUCUCUCUGAGCAGCGAGCUCCAGCCUGGCUCGUUGCCCCCGGAUGCCGACGCGGACGAGAGCAGCAGCGACAUGCUGGUCAUCGUGGAUGAUCCGGUGUCCUCAGCGCACCAGUCCCGCGCCACAAACUCCCCGUCAUCAGUGUCCGGAUCGGCCUCCGACAACAUGAAUGGUGUUUCGGCCUCGGACACAUUGAGUCCUGGCAGAGGCCGGUCUGGGCGGAGUCGGGGGCGGCCCAAAGGAUCUGGAGGCGGGACCAAGUCUGGAGGGAAAGGACGCGGGCGCAAGUCGACAGCGGGCAGUGCGGCGGCCAUGGCGGGGGCGAUGGCUGGAGCAGCGGCUGCCUCUGCAGCAGCUUAUGCUGCGUACGGUUACAGUGUUUCUAAAGCAGGCCUCGCUGCGUCCAGCCCCCUACAGCCUUCCCUGGGCCGGUCCGGUACCAGCCCCGCCUUCAACCCCAGCAGGAGCUCCUCUCCGCAGGCCAGAGGAGGCGCCUCCACCCCAAGCCCCCACAAACAGCUGGCCCACAGCCACCAACACCACAGCAGCAGCAGCAGCAGCAGCCACGGCGCAGUCAGGAAGGGCAAGGGCCCCGCUGGUCCUGGGGCUCGAUAGAAGCGCUCAAACACAUGAACCUACUCUCACUGUGAUCCACACAGACACCCUAAACUGAAACUGAGGCUCAGUACCUGGAGGACCAUGCUGUGUUUUUGCUAGCUUAAAGAAAAUGUCUCCAAACACACACACACACACACACACACACACACACACACACACACACACACACACACACACACACACACACACACAAACCCGGAUCAUUUAAAGAUACAGUACCGACCAGCGUCCACAUUUCUCGGUUCACUUUUAUUUUGAAGAUUCCGGGUCAGUGGAGAAAAGUAUUUUUGUUUGCAUAGCGUCAAGACCUCUUCCAAGUGCUUUUUGGGAAGACAGGCUGUACUGUUCCAGACAUGACAGGAAACUCGUUUGAUUUGCUACCUAGCUGUGAACAAAACCAACACAUGUAGCGCAAAGGGCUUUGAAAUGUUGGCUAAAGGAGCUUCUGUCAAAAUGCACUGAGCCACGUCUUCCACUUCUCCAUGUUAUUGAUUUUCACACGUGUACAUUUGGUUAUUUAAUUGUUCUGUAGAUUUGCUCAGUGCUCAGAUGGCAACGUGAACCCUACCUUACCAACCCACACUUUACCAAACAGCUUUUCUACUAAAGCUACUAUUUUUGUAAGAAAACACGCAAGCACCCAUACCGACAUGGCAGGUCUUAACAUUUUGAAAAUAUUUGUCCAUAAAAGGUAUUCCCACACAGACGAAAAUCCAAAAUUCAUAUAUUUUUUGUGCGAUGGGGAAAAUAAAUGAUGUAAAAAUUGUAUUCCAUAAUGAGGGGUACUGGUUGAUCCGGCAAUGCUGCUAACAGUAAAUUUAUGACUUCACUCAGAAUAUUUGGUUGUCUAUAUUUAAGUUAUUUGAGCUAUAUUAAAAAUGCGAAACGGGCUAUUCACCUGUAAGACAGUGUAAAUUGAACUGAAGCCAUUUUUAUUAUUUUUCAGAUAUCGUUUUUCUUUGUGAUGAGAAGUCUGUGGUUCUCUUUGAUGUCAUUGAUGUUUUAGGAAAAAAAAUAUGUUUGCAUCGGUGUCCUAAGUUGAGCACUACAUCUGUUAGAUGUUUGUUUGUUUUGUGUUUAUAGUGUGAUUAAAAUAUGAUGUUCUAUAUUGAUGUACAUAAUAAUGAGAGCGACCUUUCCUCUGGCUUUUCCCUCAUUUGCCUGUCUAUUUUUAUAGGUCAUGUGUACAUAUGAAGAAAACGCAUCUGCCAUUUUACUAACAGGAGGAGCCAACUGAAAAUAAAAGUGCUAAAUCAGCCGCUUUUUAAAAAUUA